UUCAUCGAUGGCCGCUUGGAACUUCUGAACGCCGGUGAGGGCUUCAGGGAUGUUUUUGAGGAUGAGAUCAACAUGGGAGAGUAUGCAGGUGUGUGCAGCACACAUUGAAUACAACCAUAUAAAACAUUUCUACUAGGUCAUUUCACUAGGUCUCAAAGCACAUUUACUUUAUCUUUGGGGACUGGCAGACAUUUGGUGUGCCACAAUGCAUGCUUACCACAAACCACUGUCGUGUUCAAUAGGCAAGAAACAGUAGGCAGCAUUUUGAAACGGAGGUAGGCUGCUACCUGAACUGGUCCAACAAGAAUGCUCAUUGGUCCUCUGUAGCUCAAUUGGUAGAGCAUGGCGCUUGUAACGCCAGGGUAGUGGGUUCGAUCCCCGGGACCAUCCAUAUGUAAAAAUGUAUGUACACAUGACUGUAAGUCGCUUUGGAUAAAAGCGUCUGCUAAAUGGCAUAUUAUUAUUGAUGUAUGAUUAUAUUGACGUUCUCCGUUUUGAAAUUACUAAUUUUUCAAGCCUACUGACCACGAGCCAGUUAUUGCAGUGGGAGUGUCAAUGGCCCUAAUGCUAACCAAUGUCCCAUGACUAACCUGUAUAGAAUAUAGAAUGCCCACUAUGUUAAGGCAUUGACCUUUCACCACAGGUGCCUUUCAUCCCUGUGACCUCACCUCUGUGUUAACUCCACAGGCAGCGACAAGAACUACCACCAGUGGCUGUUCACAGUCAAGGUAGGUCUUCAAAGACAAGUAAUGCAUUCUAACCCAUCUUUCACGCUGUUCAAAGUAUACAUAUUUCUUUACUCACAUUCAUGCUAAUAAUUCAAACCUUUUGGAUUUUCAUGUUAAAAAAACCAACCUGUCUCCCUAUGAGCACAAUAUGUUGCAACAAGUUAUUUUUGGUUGUGCUCUCUGGGCUACCGCUGUUGUUGGUGUACAGCUGUUAGCCGUGCUGCCAACAAUGGUUUUGUCUCCAACAGAAAGGGGGCGGUGCUAUCUUCAACACAGUGAGGACCAAGGCUAACCCUGCCAUGAAAACGGUCUAUAAGUUUGUAAGUGUCCUCCUAUCACGACUAUUACACCAUGACACUCCCAAAAUAUUUCACUACUGUACACUUUGUCUCAUAUUGAUGCCACUUUAAAGGUAGACUCUGCAAGAUGACUCCCUACAUCAACAACAACAGAAACAAAAUCUGUUUAGUAAACCCCUCUGUGUUUUUCCUCCAAAGGCUAAAGAUCAUGCCAGGAUGGGGAUAAAGGAAGUCAAGAGCAGGCUAAAACAAAAG